UGCGGAACCAAAGAGCCGACACAAAUUUUUGGCCAGGCUUUUGCAUUUGCCACUCAACGUCUUCUACCAACUCAACGUCUCUCGACGCUCGUUUACCCAUAGAGCACUCGUCAUGUCGCACCUGGCGCCUGUACCCCACGACACUACGUACUACGCCAAAUGCAUGCUCGGCGGUGUCCUUGCGUGUGGCGUCACCCACGCUGGUAUUACGCCUCUCGAUGUCGCCAAGUGCAACAUGCAGGUAAACCCCGCGAAAUACACUGGCCUAACGUCUGGCCUUGCUACUCUGCUACGUGAGGAAGGACAGACAGGUAUUUGGAAAGGGUUCGGUCCUACGCUCGUCGGUUACUCCCUCCAGGGAAUGUUCAAAUAUGGUCUCUAUGAGGUGUUCAAGGACUUGUACUCCGACCUGGCUGGCGAGGAGAAUGCCAAAAAAUACAAACCUGCCAUCUGGCUCGCUGGAUCUGCGUCGGCAGAAGUCUUUGCUGACAUUGCACUCUGUCCUUUCGAGAUGACCAAAGUCAAGAUCCAGACCAGUCCCAGCGGGACGUUUCCUACUGGCUUCGGCGCUGCCCUUGCAGAAAUGAAGAAAAACAAGGUCGACACUCGCUAUCCUUUUGGCUCCCUUGUACCACUUUGGUCACGUCAGAUCCCGUAUACGAUGGCCAAGUUCUUCUUCUUUGAGAAGAUCGUGCAGCUAUUCUACACGCACGUCUUCACGGAGCCCAAGGAGACUUACUCCAAGUCGACCCAGCUUGGUGUCACGUUCGCCUCUGGCUACCUUGCUGGGGUUGUUUGUGCAAUCGUGUCGCACCCCGCUGAUUCCAUCGUGUCUCUGAUGGGUAAGCCUUCCCACAAGGGCAAGAGCGUUGGCCAGAUUGCGUCAGAAACGGGUAUGGUUACGCUUGCUACCAAGGGUCUCGGGACUCGCGUUAUCAUGAUUGGCACGCUGACGGGCUUCCAAUGGUGGAUCUACGAUACCUUUAAGUCAUCCAUGGGACUUGGAACUACUGGUGGAAAAUAGAUUCCGUAUAUGUUUUAGACCUACAUCUAGUCACUUAUAUUUCCGACAUUACCCGUGGCACAAUAUAGAGUCGGAUGAUUCCGAGCCGAGGUGGUGUUAUUACCCCGCAU